CAUUUGAAAUUUAUAAAAAAUAAAUUUUUAGUAGAAAUUAAUUUCUAUAUUUAUUUUUUGAAAGCACUUUCUAUAUUUUACCUGAAAAGAAAACAAAGAAAAAGGCCGGGGAAUCAAAAUCCCGACUCAAAUGAGAAAAAAAAGAUGGUAAGAGUAAUCUCCCGAUUGCAUAGACGAAUAUGCAGAAAACCCUUUUACUUCCAAUGGAGAAAUCUCUCCUACAUAAUCCAUCAGCUACCUUUAGACCCUCCUCAGAUUGACCAUAACAUAGCCUCAGUUCAGUACAUUUUUUCGAACCCAUGUUUUUAUCUUCUGGGUCUCUGCAAAAACAUCCAUUCUCUCAAGAAAAUUCAUGGGUUGCUCAUUGUUGAUGGUCUUGCUGGUGAUCUUUUAUGCAGUACCAAAUUGGUUAGCUUGUAUGGUUCGUUUGGGUGCAUUGAUGAUGCGCGCUUGUUGUUUGAUAGAAUACCUAACCCAGACCUUUAUUCUUGGAAAGUGAUGCUAAGGUGGUAUUUUUUGAACGAUUUGUAUUGGGAGAUUAUUGGACUUCAUACCCGUAUGAGAAUGUGCCUGAGAGAGCAUGAUAAUGUUGUUUUCUCGAUUGUGUUGAAGGCGUGCAGUGAAUUGCGAAAUAUUGAUGAAGGGAGGAAAAUACACAGUCAAAUUAUUAAAGCAGUUAAUCCUGAUAGUUUCGUGCUGACUGGUCUUGUAGAUAUGUAUGCAAAGUGUGGAGAGAUUGAGUGUUCUCGUGAUGUGUUUGAUGAAUGUCUCGAUAGAAAUGUGGUCUCUUGGACUUCAAUGAUUGCGGGGUAUGUACAGAACGAUUGCCCAGUGGAGGGUUUGAUUUUGUUCAAUAGAAUGAGAGAAGGGUUGAUUGCGGCUAACCAAUUUACCGUAGGCAGCUUAGUUACUGCAUGCACAAAAUUAGGGGCUUUGCAUCAGGGGAAGUGGGUUCAUGGAUACGCAAUCAAGAACGGCGUGGAACUUAAUUCUUACGUUGUGACAGCACUUCUAGACAUGUAUGUCAAGUGUGGAGUCAUUAGAGAUGCUAGGUCUGUAUUUGAUAAGCUAUCUAGUAUUGAUCUCGUCUCCUGGACGGCUAUGAUUGUUGGCUAUACCCAGAGUGGCUUCUCUAAUGAGGCUUUGAAGUUGUUUAUGAAUAAGAAAUGGGUUGAUAUCUCGCCCAAUAAUGUUACCAUUGUAAGUGUAUUAUCAGCAUGUGCACAGUUGGGCAAUUUGAAUUUGGGAAGGUCAGUUCAUGGUCUUGGUAUUAAACUUGGGUUUGAGGAACCUGCUGUUGUAAAUGCUCUGGUGGACAUGUAUGCAAAAUGCCGUAUGAAUAGAGAUGCCCGUUACAUAUUUGAGACCGUUUCAGACAAGGAUGUUGUUGCUUGGAAUUCUAUUAUUUCUGGGUAUAAUCAGAAUGGGUCUGCAUAUGAAGCCCUUGAAUUGUUUCGUCAGAUGAGAAUGGGCUCUCUCUUGCCUGAUGCAGUUACAUUGGUAAGCGUUUUCUCAGCAUGUGCUUUCAUUGGCGCUCUUCGAGUUGGUUCUUCUCUCCAUGCUUACUCUAUAAAGGGGGGUCUAUUAUCUUCGAAUGUCUAUGUUGGCACUGCACUUUUGACCUUGUAUGCCAAAUGUGGGGAUGCUAAAUCCGCGCGUACAAUUUUUGAUGGUAUGGGAGAGAAAAACACUGUCACAUGGAGUGCAAUGAUUGGUGGUUAUGGAAUUCAAGGGGAUGGUGGUGGAUCCCUUGCCCUUUUCAAUGAUAUGUUGGGGGAAGAAUUGAAACCAAAUGAAGUAAUCUUCACAGCCAUUUUAUCUGCAUGUAGUCAUACAGGGAUGGUUGGGGAGGGAUGGAAUCUAUUCAUUUCGAUGUGCCAAGAAUAUAACUUUGUGCCUUCCGAUAAGCAUUAUGCAUGCAUGGUUGAUCUAUUGGCUCGUUCUGGGAGGCUUGAAGAAGCCUGGGACUUCAUUGAGAAAAUGCCAGUUCAACCAGAAGUUAGUUUGUUUGGAGCAUUUCUCCAUGGAUGUGGGCUGCAUUCAAGGUUUGAUCUUGGAGAGAUAGCAAUCAGGAGAAUGCGAGAGUUACAUCCUGACAAAGCUUGUUAUUAUGUGCUUAUGUGUAAUUUGUAUGCUUCUGAUGGAAGAUGGAAUCAGGUCAAGGAGGUAAGAGAGUUGAUGAAGCACAAAGGAUUAAUCAAAACCCCAGGGUGUAGCCUGAUGGAGAUGGAUACUGAUUAUGAUUUCUCAUUGCCUAGAGUUGCUUCUUUUUCAUAGACCAUGGUUUUACAUAAAAACACAAAUCAUGGGAUCAGCAGCGUCAAGGUUGCCAAAACAGGACGUAUUUAUUGUCAAUGUGGAGAUCACUAAAAGCCCUUCUGUUCAAUAAUGUAAAAUGUUUGAUCACAUGAGCUGGCCCCAAGUACUAGGGUGAAAGACUCUUAUCAAUGGAUCAAUAGAUCUGCAGGCAUGGCAUGCAUGAUACAAGCAGAUGUUGAGUUUCUAAGAAAACAUAAAGUAUGAUCAAUUGAGGAGAUGAUAAUAGGACAUGCGAUGCCAGUUCUUCUAAAAACUUUUGUUUUGAAGAUAUUCUAUUGUUGAUAUUACCCUAAAGUUCUUUGGUUCUUGAAACAUGGCCACAAAGGAGCAAGAAAGCUUCCUAUCUGGGUGAUCACUCCUUGACAAGCUGAUGAGUAUGAUGAUGAUAUGAAAGUGAUUACAAGCUCCAAAGUGUAGCCAGGUAAUGUUGGCCAAGUUCAUGAACGCAAGCAAUGAGAACAGGCUCUGAAAUCGAUUGACCAUCGACCAGUGAUUGAGUUUAUAUCAAAAUAUCUGCUGCCAAAUCUCAAAAAAUAGAAGAGAUGAUAAAUAAGACUGGGUUAUGAAUUUGUAAUGCAUUCUUCCUUGGUUUCAUUAUUGGUGCAACUGGAUAAGUUACAUACUUGUUCCAGAGCCAAACUUUGAAAAUUUUCCAAAAGGCUGUACAUUUCUUUUAUUUGCCAAUGAGAUACAUCUCCUGCUCCAAA